UCUUGCUUGAAACUUUAUGCCUUCCGUUCAAAUGCGUUCGUCUCCGUCUGUUUCACCGCCGAGGACGGUUACUGAUCUCAAGCAGCGAGUCAUCGCCUGUCUCAACCGUCUGUCCGAUCGCGACACUCAAUCUCUAGCCGCCGCAGAGCUCGACUCAAUCGCUCUCAACCUCUCACCGGAGGCCUUCUCCCUCUUCAUAAACUGUCUCCAAACCACAGACUCUUCAGCGAAAUCUCCCGUUAGGAAACACUGCGUCUCGCUCAUCUCCUUACUCUCUCGUUCCCAUGGAGACUCCCUCGCUCCUCACCUCCCGAAGAUGGUCUCCACUAUCCUCCGCCGUCUCCGCGAUCCUGAUUCCUCCGUCCGCGCCGCUUGCGCAACCGCUUCCGUGGAUAUGACCACCAACAUCACCGAACUGCCUUUCUCUGUCCUCGCCGGACCAAUGAUCGAAGCCUUGAUCCACGACUGCGAUGCCAACGCGCAGAUAGGAGCCGCCGUGUGCCUUGCGGCGGCUAUAGACGCGGCUGAUGAUCCUGAUGUCGAGCAGUUGCAGAAAGCGCUUCCGAAGAUCGGGAAGUUGCUCAAAUCGGAAGGUUUCAAGGCGAAACCUGAACUUCUAGGAGCCAUAGGAAGCGUAAUCGGCGCCAUUGGAGGCAGAAACAGCGACAAGGCGGUUCUGGAUUGGCUUUUACCUAACGUGUUGGAGUUUCUAAGCAGCGAUGAUUGGCAUGCGAGGAAAGCUGCUGCGGAGGCCGUGGCUAGAGUAGCUACGGCUGAAGAAGAGUUAGCUCCUUUGUAUAAGAAGGCAUGUCUUGCUCUUCUUGAGAGCAGAAGAUUUGAUAAGGUUAAGCUUGUUAGGGAGACGAUGAAUCAUACGUUGAGUUUAUGGAAGCAACUUGGAGAUGAUUCUCCAGACUCAUCUUCCCUCUCCAAAUCAGUUUCUACAGGAAAAGGAAUCAACACAUUGAAAAGCAAAGAAAAUAAUCCAAACGUACCAACAAGCUCAAAGUUAAAUGAUGAUGAAGCUGCGGAGUCGAAAGAGAAGCGGCCAUUGGGGACUAGAAGAGUUCUGUUUCCGGCUAAGCCAAAGGUCAAAGAGAAUAGAUCUAAUAAGUCACAAGUUGUUGCUGUUGUUCAGAGUAGUGAUGAAGAAGAGGAGAGUAGUAGUUCUUCUCAGACAAAGAAUGCAGAAGAAGAAUUGUCUCUGAUCAGAAACCAGAUCACUCAGAUCGAAAAACAACAGUCUAGUCUGGUAGAUCUCUUUCAGCGAUUCAUGGAGAGCUCCCAGAACGAAAUGCAGUCGCUGGGGAGACGAGUGCGUUGUCUAGAGACAUCAUUCAGUGUACUCUCCACUGAUUUGUUAGUGUCUCGCACCAUAACACAAAAUGGCACCCACAAACGAAAUGCCCAUCUACAGAAUUGAAGAAAAAAGGUUCCAAAAGCCUUCAUUAUACCUGAGAACAGACUUCAUAG